AUGUCAGACCCUCUGGAACCUGAGUUGGAGCAACCGAAGCGAAACUCAAGGAUGGUUGAGAAGUUCGACGAGGAGAUCACGGUGACGGGCGUGGCUGAGCAGCCAAACGCCCCAAAGAACGAUGUUUUUCGGAGCAAGUCUUACGAGUCGUCCGUCGGCGGGACCAUUUUCGAGAGAAAGCUGUUGUACAAACUGGACAUGAAGCUGAUGGUUGCUAUGUUCUUCCUCAACUUCUUGUCCCUCAUGGGGCGGACGAACGUUGGGGCUGCCCUCAUUCGCCAGCUGCCCCAGGAUCUCAAGCUCGACGCGAUGAAGGUUUUCAUUGUAUUGACCAUGCCCGCGGCCCCGUUGAUCUUGCUGGAGGUUCCCAGCAAUCUUCUUAUGCGUUUGUUGGAUCGCAAAUUCAACUUCUCAUACAUGUCUUACAUGUGUUUGUUGGAUGUCCUGCUUGGGGUCGUCACAAUUGGCCAGGGCUUUGUCAAGACUUUCGAUCAGAUAAUGGUCACUCGUUUUCUCGUCGGCGUCUUUGACGCGGGACUGAUACCGGGAUGUGUCUUUCUCUGCUCCCUUUACUACCCUCCAACCCAUCUCCAGUGGCGGCUUGGUCUCAUCACCGUGGCCAACAUAUGCUCAAACAUUGCCGGCAACUUUAUGGCGUAUGCUAUUGCCAACAUCAAGACCACAAACGCCUUCAGUGGUUGGAGAUGGAUUUUCAUCAUCGAAGGCAUUUUCACCGUCGUCGCUGCGCUUCUGUGCUCGGUAGCAAAUGUCGGACCCCCUGAAAAAGCGAAGUUCCUGACAGAGGAAGAGAAAAGAGUCAUCAAAAACUCGGUGGAAACCCAGACAACCAAUAUCGGCAUGUUGGCGGAAUGGAGGCUAUUCUUCAUGAACCCACUGAACUACUGCUGGGGCAUCAUCUACUGCUUCACGACGACUACUGCAUAUUCCGUCUCCAUCUUCUCCCCGUCUUUCGUCAAGUCGUUCCGUCCGGGGCUAGACGCCACAGAAGUACAGGCCCAGAUCGUUCCGAUAUUCGUAGUGGCCGCGGUGGCCUGUUUGACGACGGCGUAUGCGGCCGACCGUUUGAACCAUCGUUCUGCCUUCGGCCUGGUGGGCUUUGUCUUUACGAUCAUCGGCUACGCCAUUUUGCGAAGGGACGAGCAUGAAAACUCAAACGUCACUAUGAUGGCCCUCUACUUCAUAGCCUUCGGUACCUACAUCACGCUUCCAAUGAUCUGGAUCCUCACCAUGCAGAAUCUGCAGACGCCAUUUCAGCGAGCAAUCGGUAGCGGGUUUGUAAUCGGUUUACAUCUCAGCCUGGAUCUUCAAAAUCAGUGA